AGACCCACUUUCCACAUCCAAUAACCCAUGACAAGGUUUUUGUCAUGAUGGAUGCCUGCCACAUGUUGAAGCUGACACGCAAUAUGUUGCAGGCAUACAGCCCCAUAAGAAGUGUAACUGGCAGAAUCAGUUGGAAUUACAUAGUCCAGCUGAACAAUGUCCAAAAGAAAAAUGAACUACAUGCUGCCAACCGAGUCACUGAUAAGCAUGUGAACUUUGCUAAUCAGAAGAUGAAGGUCUCCCUGGCUGCUCAGACCCUCAGUAACUCUGUGGCUGUGGCACUUCGCUCUUUGCAGGACAUGGGAUAUGCAGAGUUCAAAGAUUCUGAGGCUACUUCAGAGUUUAUCAAGUUCAGAUGCUCUGUCCUCCUGUCUGCAUCAAGUUCAUAGGAUGCUCUGUCCUGUAAGAUGUUCUGUCCUUUCUGCAUCGAGUUCAUGAGAUGCUCUUUUCAGUCUGCAUCAAGUUCAUAAAGUGAUGCCCAUGUCAAAAUGGUUCCUCUCAGUCCUGGGCUUUGUCAUCAACAUCGACACAUUGAUGUCGAUGGUCCCUGUGCUGCUUGAAGGCCAGCGAUAUGUCCUGACCUACAGAUUCAGCCAGGACCACUUAGAGCUUCUCUUUAACUCUAUUAGAGCAUCCGGCGGCUGGAAUAACAACCCCACUGCCAGCCAGUUUAAGUACAUAUUCAGGAAGCUGAUGGCCCGGUGUGGAGUUGUGAGUCGCAGAGGCAAUGUUACAGCACAAGAUGAAACCGAGUCCCUAACAGCGACCACUGACACCUCUAGAAGCCUGUCAGCUGUGGAUGUUUCCUCUGCAGCAGGAGGAGAAGACCUUCCAUCUCCAUUUGCAGACAUUCCGGCCCUACUCCAUGACCACAGCUAUCUUCCCGUCCGCUUCAAUGGUCUUGUGGACAACGCUCUUGUGUACAUUUCAGGAUUUGUUGUGCGACGGGCUCUGAAGAAGCUGGCCUGUGAUGUCUGCCGUGCCAGCCUGGUGACAGAUCCUGCAUCUGCCAUCAAGGACCAGAGCUACCACCUACUCUCUCUAAAAAACAAUGGAGGCCUGGUGAUUCCAUCACAGGGAACAGUAAAGGUCGUCAGGGCAGCAGAAUGUGUCAUUCGCCAGGCCUCAGCUGGUUGCAGACAAUCAAGGCCCAUCAAACUGCUGGAGGUCAUUUACAUUGUACGGAAGAGGAUUGGGUCAGAGGAUGUGUUUGAGCUUGGGGAGCACAUCAAUGAUACACAGUAUGGCAUAGACAGCCACCACCAUGCACUGCUGACAUUAGUUGUGUCCCUGUUUUUUAAGUUGAGGCUACACCACGUCGCUAGGAUGACGACAAUAACCCUACAGAGCAACAGUAUGAGACAGAAGCUCAACAAAACGGUGCUUUUCAAAGGGCAUUAGCGCAAUGUGGAUGUUGGGUCUUCGGACACC